CGCUGUUUAGUCGUUGACUUAUUGACUGUUUACGAACUAUUUUUCAAUAACUUUUAAUUAAAGUAAUAAUUCAGCUUCAUUGAAUGUCAUAUGACUGGAAACCAAGUUGAAAAUAUUAAUCGCAGAGUCCAGAAACAGUGUAAUUUCAUUAUAUUGAUGAUAGAUGUGUUGAGAUGAAAAUGGUUCGAGCUGCUCCGUUGAUCGGGGCAAAGUCAAAGUCUGGUGCUUUGCCCUCAAAGUGUGGAUCUACUCUGAACAUGGCAGCUAAUAUAAAAGUGGUGGUUCGCGUCCGGCCUUUGAACGAAAGGGAAAAAGCGGCAAACAACCGUGUGGUGGUCGAUGUUGUCGACGAUACUAUGUUGGUUUUUGAUCCCAAGGAAGAAAUGCGUCCGUUUUUCUACCAAGGCGUCCAGCAGCCAACAAAGAAUGUGUUACGGCGAGUGAAUAAGGAGUUGAAGUUUGUAUUUGACAAUGUUUGUGGCCAGACAGCUACUAAUAAGGAUAUUUUUGAGUUGACUACCAAAGAUGUUUUGGCGUCACUGAUGGAGGGGUACAACUGUUCAGUGUUCGUGUACGGCGCGACGGGAGCGGGCAAGACCUUCACAAUGAUAGGCAGUAAGGAGAACCCGGGGAUAACAUACCUGACUAUGGAACACCUCUUCUACACUAUACAUUCCUUUGAAAAGGAGAGAGAAUUUGACAUUGGUGUUUCUUAUAUUGAAGUCUACAAUGAAAAUGUGUUUGACCUGCUCAAACCCUCCAAAACCCCUCUCCAACUCCGAGAAGACUCAAAGUACGGAGUGAUGGUGGCCGGCAUGACGCUAGAGAACAUCAACACUGCCCGGGAGCUGCUGAAUAUGCUGGAGAACGGAAACAAGAAUAGAACUCAGCACCCAACUGACGCUAAUGCAGAGAGCUCGAGGAGUCAUGCUGUUUUCCAGGUGUACAUAAAAAUGCGGUACAAGACCAGCGGCCAAGCCCGCGUCGUAAAACUCUCCAUGAUUGAUUUGGCGGGCAGCGAGCGGGCGUCCGCCACAGGCUGCAGCGGCGAGCGUUUCAAAGAGGGCGCUAAUAUCAACCGGAGUUUACUGUCGCUGGGGAACUGCAUCAACAAGCUUGCUGACGGGAGCAGCUACAUACCUUACAGAGACUCAAAGCUCACGCGCCUCCUAAAGGACAGUCUCGGCGGCAACUGCAAAACUGUGAUGAUUGCAAACAUCUCCCCCGCCGCCGCGAGUUAUGAAGACACCUAUAACACGCUCAAGUACGCUGCGCGCGCCAAUAAGAUACAGCUAAGCAUCAAGAAGAACGUAGUGGACGGCGACAUGAAACUCUCGCAGUACGUGAAGACAGUGGAAGAAUUGAAGAGGAAAGUUAAGGAGUUGGAGGCCAAGCUGUCGUUAAGUAGUGUGGCACCUCCAGUAGUUAAGGAGCAGCCCAACUUGGCUAAGGAGAAAGCACGAGCGGAGUGGCGCCGUCGUAUCCUGGAAGGAGAGAAGUUGCACGUCGCUUGCGAGAUGCAUCUACUAGGCCUGCGAACAAGGGGCAAGGUGCUAGCGCUGCGGCACCGUCUGCGCUCGCGCGCUUUCACGCACGUAGCCGACUUGGCGCAUAGAUCCUCCAACGAGGCCAUUGAACUGAUGGUCACAGAAGACAUACCCCGCCAAGAGCGAGCCGCCGAAAGUUACGAGAAAAAGGCUCAAAAUUUAGACGAGAAAAUACUCGCAGCACAAACCAAAUGCGACGAGAGCUGGCAACGGUUACAAACUAUCUUAGAGCAAGCUGCCGCUGAAUGCCCAGACCUAAAAGACUUCACAGACAAAGUCAUCCUCCAAAGAGAUCUAAGAUUAACUAAAGCGAGUGACAACCUCAGACACAAACUGCUCUGGAUACAGAACAAGGAAAUCAACAUGUUCACAGAAUACAUGAGCGACAUGCCCAGCAUGCUCAGAAAACUUUACCUAACCCUAAAAGGUUACGAUAAAGUACCUCCAGCGUUAGCUACAGAAUACAUAGACCUUAUGAAAAAAGCUAAAUCUAUGAAAUCUAUAUCCUGGGACACGGAGAAUGAGUGUAACGACCCACAUUUCAAAUCUAUUUCUUGCCUAAAUAUUAACGAAGAUGAUGUGCAGAGUAAAUUGAACUCUACAGUAGAUAUAGUCACGGAUAGCGAUGACCUAACCGAUGUCGAGAACCGUGAAGUAUCGCCGAAGAAACGCAAAGGUACACCUAUAAAGCUGGCCAAUAAUGAGACUAUAGUCAUUGAUGAUUCCUUCGAGAAUUUAGAUGCGACUAGAACCCUGAACUCGGCUAAAAAGGUGAAGCGAGAGGCUGAUGUGGUGUCUGAUAUAGAAAACGCUGGAGUUAUAGAUCCAAACGACUUGAAUUCCACUUUUGUGUUGGCCGGUAAAAUGGAGGCGUUGAAGAAAUCGAAAUUGGAGCCUAAUUUGAAACCGAACGUGAAGCAUGAACCUGUGUAUUUGAAGCGAGGGCUGACGGACAGGACAAAUGUACAGAGGACCAUUAAUUUUAAUGACAAAGUAUCUAUGGUGAAGUCGGUGGUGGGCAAGGCGCUGCCGCUGCGGCGCGCCGCGGCGCCGCGCGCGCCCGGCUUCGGCUCCAGCCUGGCGCGCGAUGGUACGCCGCUCACGAGGAACACGCAAGCGAGUGAGAAGGUUGUCGGGUAUAAAUCCAUGCGUGCGAGAGAGAGGGUAGCCGCGCACCCUUACUCCUGGCCCGCACGCCGGUGACACAAG